UCUGCCUUUCCCCAUCUCACAGCAUCCGCAUGGAGCAGCUCACCUCUGCUCCAGUGCUGAACCAUUCUCCCCCUGUGUGUCCCCCUGGGAGCCACCAGGAGCUGUCCCCAAGCUGGGGGUCCCGGGAUGCUGGUCCCUGCUCCCAGCUCCGACUGGCAGUGCCCUGGGGCUGGGAGGGCAGGGGAGACUCGGGGCUGUUUAACCAUUAAACCUGGGGCGUCUUGGAAGAGGCGGGGACACUUCCCUGCCACUUCACCCUGUACCUUGCUCCCUCUGGCAAUCCCUGCAGCCAUGAAGCAAACGAAAGGUAUGUGCCGGGGAUCCUCUGGAGACCCUUCCCCACACACACGGGCCCUGCUGCCAGAGGGAGCACGACAGUGUCAGAGCCCAGGCAGCCUGUGGAAAGGAGCCCGAGGCUUGCAGGAAAAUGUCUCCUUGUGGGGAUGCUGGGGAGGAAUGCCCUCCCCCUGGGUGUGGGGUUCCUUGUGCCCAAAGAGGGCUCGAGGGAGACAAGAUGUCCAUCAUAAAAUUUGAAUUUAACCCCAAAGUUGGGAUCGACAACCCUGCCUUGACACUGACUGAGGACACGGACAGUGAGGGUGUGGGGGAGCCUCGUUUCUACCUCCUGACCAAGGAGAACACGGAGACCUUCGGCUUCUGCCUGCACGAGGAGCUGGCGUGCCCUGGCCACGUCAUCCGGCAGCUGGAGGUGGGAGGGGUGGCCCAGCGCAGGGGGCUGCAGGACGGGGACAGGCUGCUCCAGGUCAAUGGCCACUUCGUGGAUGACAUGGACCACCUCAGGGUGGUGCAGAAGAUCAAGGCCAGUGGGAACCAGGUCCUGCUGGCUGUGUUGGAUGGUGAUUCCUACGAAGCAGCCAAAUCCCUGGGCAGGGACCUGUCCCAGAUGCUGCCCGAUGACAUCCGCCCGCGCCUCUGCCACGUCACCAGGGACAAAAGCGGCUUUGGCUUCAGCGUGUCGUGUCCAGAAGGCACCAAGGGCACCUUCCAGCUGUCGGUGCUGCAGGACGGGCCAGCAGACAGAGCAGGGGUGCCACCAGGCUCCUGGCUGCUGGAGCUGAACGGGGACAGCGUGAAGAGCUACUCCCACACACAGCUCACCAAAAAGCUCAAGCAGAGCGGCAACAAGGUGACGCUGCUGGUGGCAUCCAGUGCUGUGGAGGAGUUCUAUCGCCUGCGGGGCCUGCGGGUCACGGCCGCCUUGGCUGACACCUCCAGGCUCCCCUUCAAGGUCCGGGAGCUGCACCUGGUGAAGGGUCCUGCUGGCUACGGGUUCCUGCUCAAGGAGGAUGACUGCAGCUCGGGGGGAGUAGGCCAGUUCCUGUGGGAUGUGGAUGUGGGGCUGCCAGCUGAGCAGGCAGGGAUGAAGGAAGGGGACCGUGUGCUGGCCGUGAACGGGGAGAGCAUCGAGGGGCUGGACCACGAGCAGACCGUGCACAGGAUCCGCGCACGCCAGGACCAGGUGACGCUGCUGGUCAUCGACCCCGCUGCCGACGAGUUCUACCACUCGAUCGGGCUGUCCCCCCUGCAGUUCUUUGAGGACAGUGAUGCCGCCUCAGGCUCCUGCACGCCCUCCCUGCCCUCCCGGAGUGGCUCCCCUACACUUUGUGACGUGGAGGUGGGACCCAAGGGACCUGUGUCCUGGCUGAUGGCUGCUGCCAACAGUAUAGAGAUCAUACAGAGCCACCGCCAGGAGGAACAGACAAAGCUGUGCCAGGCAUUCUAACAGCCCAGGAGCCUCUGGACAGGCUCUCCAACACAGCACCUCCACGUCCAGUCCCUCGGGGCUCAGCACUGCUCAGCAUGGACCCUGCACACGCAGCUCCUGUGUCUCCAUGCCUGGCUCACAGCAUGACACUCCCAGGGACUCGUCUCUGCUCACCGAGGCUGGCUCAGAGCUUUUACCAACCACAGCGGCAGCUCCUUGUAACCUGACCACAGACCUGUGUCUUUGCCCGCCCAGCUACCUCCAGGAAUUUCUCAGGACUUUGCACUGAAGCCCUUGCCCAGCUCCAGGCUCUGGGAGUUCCCAGGAGAGCUGAGGCACUGCCCUCUGCACCAUGACCCAGGGAACUUGAGGGUUGGCUCAGGUCUGCACGUGCAUGGACAUCUCUCCUGUGCUUCUCCUCUCAUGCUGUCCCUGAACCUGUGGGCAGUGAGUGUCCACCACCACCCUGUUCCUGCACCGCCCUUUUGGGGUGUGAUUAAAGGACAAAUGCACA